AUGAACGUUCCUCCGCCCUCACCCUAUCUAAACUACCAGCCUUACAAUGACCCGAAUCAGUACAUCAUACCAAAUGCGGCGCCCGGCCACACGAGAGGUCGUUUUGAGUUGGCCUUCAGUCAGAUCGGUGGCUCCGUUUUGACCGGUGCUGCUUUCGGUGGAACGUUAGGCACUGUUCGAGGAUUGAAACUAGUCAAGGAUAUGCCAUCCUAUGCCGUCAAACGAACUCAGAUGCUCAACUCUAUCGUCAAGGGUGGCACAACGUCGGCCAACGCUUUCGGCGUCGUUGCUCUAGUCUACUCAGCAAUCGGCGUAGGCUUAUCGCUCAUGCGACAGGACGACGACAUCAAUACUAUGACCGCAGCCACACUGACUGGCCUUGCAACGGCGGCAGUCACCAAUAAGCAUCAGACACUUCAAAAGACCCUCAUCAGAACAGGCAUUGGAGGGGCCAUCGGCCUCGGUUUGUCGCUGAUCUAUUGCAACACUCCACUGUCUACCUUUAGGCGCGACGAUUAA